GAUACGGAAGUGUAGUACCGCCGUUUGGCCUCAACGAAUAUUUUCCUCAGAGUCCGACCGGCGCACUUCCUGGGGGCUUGCUCUGAACAAGACACACAAAUGUCAGUUUUAAUAGUUGGGAACUUUAAUAUAUUUAUUAUAACAAAAGCUAGUUUAUAACUAGGCGCUUCAGACACUCGGGAAAUGACAAUGGCGUUUAUCAGGGAGGUGUGUAGUGUCAGCUUCGCUAAUUAAAAAGUAGCUAGUUCCCAAGUUAGCUAACAGAAGAUGGAAGCUAGUUCUAUAGUCUCUCAUCCGUACGAACCAUACACUAAUGUUAGCUAACUUGAUGUUAUUAAAUAACUGACUAGCACCAGGUAAUCUUCUACAGUGGUGUCUAUCGGCUCGUAUCUCUACGGAAAUACUACAGCGAUGGAAGAAGUUGACAAGAUUUUGAUUCACGCCCUCAAACAAGUUGGCACGGAGGUGAGUGAGGAGACAGGCAGCGUCAGACAGUUCAGCAGUGAGCUCAUAGUGGAGGCGGUGGUCAGAUGUGUCCGGGUGAUCGACCCCGGUCUUGGGGGCGCGCUGCCCACCUCCCUGCCCCCCGGCAUGUCUGCCCGCUUCAGAGUGGGCAUGAGCCUGGCACAGGCCUGUCAGGACAUUGGUUACAAAGGAGAGAUCGGCUACCAGACGUUUCUGUACAGCAAUGAGCCGGAGAUCCGCUCCCUGCUCAUGUUCCUGGUGGAGAAGCUGCCCAGAGAGAGUGCAGAGGCCUCAGACCAGCCCCAAGGUAAAUCUGCGGUCCUGCAGAGAGCCAUCGCUGCUGCAAUCAGAGCUCAGCUCUCUGUGCCCUGGCUGCCUCCAAACUGCAGACUGCCUCUGCACAGUCAGACACAAAGUCCAGGAGCAUUGCACAGCUUUCAUGUCCAGCCUCUGAGUUUAGCACACUGUUCUCCUGGGAAGAAGCCGCUGAAAGAGGUGAAGGACUACCAUCGAGACAUUCUUCCUCCUGUGACUGCACAGCCUUCCCAUCAUGCCUCAGUGGUGGCGUCCAUAUUGGAGCAGCACACAGCAGAGCUCAGCGCUGCUCAGGAGUGGGACAGCGAGUGGAACAGUCAGGGCCUCCUGUCCCGCCUCAAACCACAGGAGUAUCGCUCCAGGAAACUGACCCGGCUGCGUAAACGCAUCGAGGAGCAGCUCCGCUCGGCUGCACUGCCCUCUCCUGAAAGUGCCUCGGGGGGUCCUCGGCCCAACGGCGACCUGUCUGAGCUCCUGCAGGCCUUCAGAGGCUCCGCCCCCUCUGACCACAUCCUGACCAAGGGCAGCCACUUCACACACACACAGAAGUUCACCUUCACAAAGACAGAACCCAGCACCUCCAUCCCCUUCGUCCAUCAGUCGGACAGUGACGUCCAGCUCCGGCAGCAGGAGGAGCAGCUCUCUCUCCAGGAGCAGCAGCUCUGCAGCGAGGUGGACCAGCUCACUGCAGACAUGAAGCACAUGACCGUCACUCAUGCACAGGUGUUGGACAAGUUGAAGCAACGAGAGUUGGGGAACUCUGAAAAAGAGGAGAAGAUGCAGGUGAAGAAGAAAACAAUCGACCUGUUGCCAGACUCAGACGACAACCUGCAGAAGCUGAAGGCUCUGGUGGAGGCCAGUGCCAAGCGGGUGGUGCACCUGGCUUCUCAGUGGGAGAAACACCGCGCUCCACUCAUCGACGAGCACCGCAGGCUCAAAGAAAUCUGCAGCAGACAAGAUCUGGAGUCAUCCCAAAAGCUGUCUGAAAUCAAAUCUGUGCACGAUAAAAUCUGUGUGUCUACAGAGGAGGCCAAGAAGAAAGAAGAGACCUACAAACAGCUGGUAACAGAGUUAGAAAAUCUUCCUCAGGACGCGUCCCGGUCAGCGUACACUCAGAGGAUACUAGAGAUCGUCAGCAACAUCAAGAAACAGAAGGAGGAAAUCACAAAGAUUUUGUCUGACACUAAGGAUCUCCAGAAAGAGAUCAACAGCCUGACAGGGAAACUGGACAGAACCUUCGCCGUGACUGACGAGCUGGUCUUUAAGGACGCCAAAAAAGAUGAAUCCGUCCGCAAAUCCUACAAGUACCUGGCUGCCCUGCAUGAAAACUGUAAUCAGUUGAUCCAGACCAUCGAGUACACCGGGACAAUCCUGAGGGAGAUUCGAGAUCUCGAGGAGCAGAUUGAGACUGAAAACGGCAGUAAAACUGUGGCCAACCUCGAGAGGAUUCUGAGCGACUACAAGGCCAUUCGACAGGAGAACUCUGCUCUUGCUGCCAAAGUCCGAGAAGGCUGAAGGAUCUCUGUCUACCUGCUGGGGGGGGGGGGGGGGACAGGAUGGGACUCAAACAGAACUCCAGUUUCCACACAGCUGAGUCUGCGGCUUGUUGCGAGAGCAGCUUCUCCUCAGAGUCAAGCUGAUGAUUGAACCACGGAACUCACCCGGCAUUUGAAAGUGUUCGGGUGGAUGAAGAGGACAAUUAGUGUUUAAUUUUAAACUGAUUCUACGGCUGGACGUGCACUGGGCUGAUGCAACAAUACAGUGACAGCAGAGGGCGCUGUCAGACCGUUCUGUGCCAAUGUUAAGUCAUUCAUAUUCAUGUAUGAAAUGUUAUCACAACAUAUCUUGAUCAAAUCAAACCUGUGACUGGGGCAUUUUAAUACAGGAAAUAUUCCAGCAUUUUCCGACAUGAGCAGUUCCUUCAUUGACGGGAUGGUAUUUGAGCUGAAUGAAACUGAAUGUAUUCCAGUGAUGAUGUGGUCCAGCCCCAUCUGCAAAGUAUUGUUGUAUAUAUGGUACGAGCUUGAAUAAAGAUGCCUUACACACUUGAA